UCUGGCGGCGGGAGCGAAUACACAUACCCACCUUCUCCUCCUCUCUGGUCUGGCGUUCAUCUGCGUGGUGUUUAACUGCCUGGCGUUCAUCUUGUGUUUAUCUGCCUGGCGUUCAUCUGCGUGGUGUUUAACUGCCUGGCGUUCAUCUUGUGUUUAUCUGCCUGGCGUUCAUCUGCGUGGUGAGGCGUUUGGUUAGCGUUGAUAUGCGUGUUUGAUUAGAGUUGAUCAGAACUUGAAACCGAAUAAAGAAAAGGAAACAGAAAUAUAUUGAUAAAUAAAGGAAGAGAAAGAACGAAUAAACAAACCCGAAAGCACAAAAACAAAAUGGAAACGAUAAAGUAAAUGUAUAAAUGAUAUAAACAAAAGAAAAUCGAAUAGCGAGAAGACAACACGCCAAUAAACACAGUGAAACAAGACAUAAAAACAAGGCAGAUAAAAAGGAAUAGGCAAAAAAGGAAGGAAAAUAGGUUAAUCAAUCAAUAAAAAAUAAAAAUAAUCGUUCGAAGACAAAAACAAAGUAAAGAUUGAAGAAAGGGUGAAGAGGGAAAACAACAAGAAGAAGAAGGAAAGACAAUUUAGGAGAAGACAACGCGAAGAAAGACAUUUGUGAAAGCUAUUUUUUUCUGGGAAGAAGCCAAGACAAUUUCCUUAUUGUUUUCAAGGAAAGACAAAAACAGACCUUUAAACCGGACAUUGUUGAGAGAGAGAGAGAGAAGGAAGUGACGUCAAACAGAACUGAACGUAGAGAGAGUGAGAGAAAAAGGUCAUUACGGGGGAGGAAAGAAGAAGAGAGAAAGAGAAUUAGACCAACGGACUUAACUGAGAACGCAAACGCACACGCACUCAACUAAGAGGGGAACGCGCAUCAUUACAGAAAGGAUGUUGUCGGUGGUUGUGUUGGUGUUGGCAACAACGAGCGUGUGGGCGGGACCUGCCAGAGAACGACAACUCAAGCCGUGUCCAGAGGGCUUCGAGGCGGUAGUGGUGGACGGGAAGCAGGACUGCGUGUGCGCCGACUACCACGUGUACUGGCCCAACACUGGACUCUGCUACCCGGAGUUCACACGGGGUCCCUGCGGCCAAGGUCAACAGCUAGCGGCUAACGAUACAGGUCACGCUGAGUGUAGAUGUCCCGGGUUCUGGGCACGGUGGACUGAUGGUGCGUGUUACCAAGAGUACACCCAGGGGCCGUGUAAUGUUGGGGAGCUGUUCAUGGGUCGCGGCCCCUCUACCGAUGGCUUCUGCUCCUGCACCGCUGAACUCAUCAUGCACUACUUCCGCGCUGACGGCCGCUGCUACCCGCUCUAUGAACAAGGUCCCUGCCCCAAGGGUCACCUCCUUAAGUUCGACUACCGCACACUGGAGCCUGUGUGUGAGUGUCGCGAUGGCUACAUGCUUGAAGAGGACGGUUCUUGCUACCCACUUAACACUGCUGGCCCCUGCGACCAGACUGCUUGUGAGGAUGGCAUCAACUGCUACCUGAGAAACCUUGACACCCUCAAGACGGAGUGCAAGUGCCUACCAGGAAACGUGACCACAGCUGAUGGCCAUUGUUAUGAGCCAUACUCACGAGGACCUUGCCAGCUUGGGGAUUGGCUUGUUUUCUCCCAGCCAGGCGUCGCUGUCUGUGAGCGCAAGACCCACUGCACACGCUUUGACAACUGGUUCUUCUGGACACCCGAUCAGAGGUGUUACCGCCAAUACUCCCGUGGUCCCUGCCCAGCUGGCCAGCUCUUCUACCUGGACCCUAACACAGGCAUCUCAGGCUGCCAUUGCCGCAAGGAAUGGACACCCUACUACUGGGAGGCUGAUGGCUCCUGCUACGAGCAGCACUCUGUAGGUCCCUGUCCAGUUGGCAUGUACUUCAGCUUCAACCAAACAUCCAGCCAAACUGAGUGUAACUGCUUCACCUCCCAUGUGCUGCACGAGGAGUCCAAGACGUGCUACGAACGCAUGACUACUGGGCCAUGUUCUGAGGGCCAACUGGUGGUGGAGGACCCCAACACAGGACGCAUGGCCUGUGACUGUCAUGCCGGCAUGACAACCCACUACUGGCAGGCUGAUGGCCAGUGCUACCAACACUUCCUGCAGGGACCCUGUUCAAAGGGACAAACCUUCAGGCUAGACCGUGCUACUGGUGUACCUGCCUGUAUAACCUGGGGUUAAUUACCAUCCCCAGCUUCUCAUUCUUAGUACCUUCAUUUACACGAGUUGCACCACAACACACACAACAACCUUCACAACACAACAACCUUCACAACACAACAACCUUCACAACACUGUUUUCUGCUUCACAUCAACAAUAAUUCAGCAACAUAUGAAGACCUCUUGUUGAAGACCACAUACACCUACACAUCCUUCCUCCUGUUUAAGUUAGUCCCAAAGUUGAUCCUCUUGAUGGUAGGCAAAUUACUUGUAAAUAGACUAUUUCCAUUGAUGGUGGAUUAUGGGAAGGCCACUACUUCCAGCCCUCAUCUGCUCAUCAACACAUCAUUGUUCCACACACCAAAAAUACCUACAACGUUUUUUUUUAUCCUCUCUGUACACUGAGUUUUGGUGCACUGUUAGUUCUUAGGUUCCUAUGGAUUUGCUGCGAUUGGUGGUACACAAGGUGGGUCUGUAUAUACCUGUGUGGGUGUUGACCCUGUCCUGGCUACACUGACCUUAAUUAUAUGAACACUACACCCACAGUAUGAACACUACACCUACAGUAACCACACCACAACACUCAUAUACACAAGAUUUAAUAUAAUUAGUAUUGAGUCUGACUUAGACGGAUAUAAUUUCAGCGUCACUAUAUAGAUCACCUCACAAUUUUGACAGUGAGUUUGGUCAGGGUAGAAAAGCAAGCAGAUAUAUCACUCCUUAAUCUACGUCUCUAUGGAUAAAGAUUAGCAGUAUUCAUUUUGAUCCGAGAUACUAAAACUUUAAUUCAUAUUUGUCUUGUAUAUACCGAGAUGAGUUUAUAUCCGUCUUAAACAUCGAGAUUAUUAGUUCAUAUUGAAAUCCCAGUUGAUUUUUUUUUUAUGUUUUAAAUUAAUAGAAACCAUUGAUAUGAACAUCUAGUAUGGAUACAGAUGCCUAUUGGCCACCAACUAGAUUACAGACAAAAGCUGAUAGAAAAACAAAAGCAGGUAUACAGAGGCUUGUGGCUCGGACAGUUAACACCCAUAGUGAAGGAAGAAGACAAAUGAAAUAAACAAAAUUGUUCUCCCUUCACCAACCACCAGAUUAAGUAAAUUAAAUAAAAAUAAAUAUUGAUGAGACUCUUGUAUUACUAUGUUUGUUUCUUAUAUUUUAUUACUUGUGAAUGAUAAUACAGUACACUUAAGAUCCCGUUAUAUACUUGUGAAUGAUAAAACACACUCAAGAUCCCGUUGCUUGAGUGCUAUUCCUGAAUUUGGCCCAAAGAGGCAAAGACGAUUCAACUUUUUCUUAGAGUAAUGAAGGAAUACAUAUCCUUCUCUGUUGCUUUGGUUCAUGCAUAGGAAAUACAGUACAGUAGUUGGCUUCAAGACGGUUUUACAGUAUAUCAUGACGUAUUGGGGUUAAUUUUCCAGUUAAAGUGUUGUUGUUGUUUUUAUGAGGCACUGAUAAAAGGUAAUUAAAUUAUUUAUUGUAAGGAUGUGCUUUGUGAGUUCAUAUUGUCUUCUGUACAUGAUUACUAUUGUGUUCUUCUCAAUCGUCUUUGGCUGUUUGAUGAGGCUUUUACUGAUAAUGUUUUACCUUUAUUUAUGUAUGUGUGCUCAUGCUUGUAUGUAUGUAUGUAUGUGUAUCUAUGUGUGUAUGUUAUGUAUGUCUGGAUGAUUGAAUGAUGAAGACUGUAUACUUGUUUGGGUGACACAGUUGUUUGUGAAGCUUUCCUGAGUGUCUGAAUAUGUGCAAGUAUUCAGUAAGUCUGUUUAAUGUUUAUUGAAUGAACUGAUUGGUCUUUGUGUCGAGCAAAGCUUUCCGUAGCGACCCGAGGCUUCUUACAGAUAACGCAAAGCUUCAAAACAGCUUCAAUGGGCUUCCUUGAGACUCUCUCAAUGUGACAUGAAGAUUCUUGAAAAAUAAAAAAGGCAAGAUUUUUUUAGAUGCUUCAUGAGGAUUCUUAAUGUAAAGAUUCUCAAAAAAGAAUUAUUGUUCUCAGCUUCUCAUAUGUUUGUGAAGUUUUACUGUUAUAUGUUCUGUUACGAGGUGAGCUGGUACAGUAAACUCGUGCGUUCCGACCCGUCAAGUUUGAAUCAUGAUUAAAAUUACUCGAAUUAUGAUUCAAUAUUUGUGCCAUUAAUUUUUUACUCACUAAAACACUUUAUUUCGGAAACAUAGUACUUGUACAGUAUACAUUUUCUAAUCAAGCUAAAAAUGGCUUAAAUCCAAAUGAUUUAUACAACAGUAAUGUGUUUUACAAAUAAAAAGGUCAAUCGGAGGACUCGAAAUGUGUCACUAUGUAUGUGAGCUGUGAUGCUUCCUCUAUGUUCCAACACACAACGCGUUAUGCCCAGCUCGCCCCAUGACUGAUGAUCACCACUAUGUUGUAGCAGCACCAGACAUAUGUGAUAUACUCUUGAAUAAAGGAUUUUUCAUGAAGAUAAA